CUGCCAUUUCUGUCAAUUCUGUCAAUCAAUUGACAAAUGUUGAUAUUCUUUUCGUGGUUAUUUGUAAAUCAUUUAUUUUGAAGCUAAUUCAGACCAAUAUAUUGUUUGAAUAUGCAUUUUUGAUUUUCAAAGUAGAAUUGAGUUCAUACAAUCCCCCAUUCGUACAUUUGCAAUCGGUAUAGACUGGAUUGUUCUAGUACACAAACCUAGAAUAUGUCUGCAGGAACAACCCUCCAAAAAGCGAUAGAAUUGGUAACGAAAGCCACGGAAGAAGAUCGAAAUAAGAAUUAUGAAGAAGCUUUGAGAUUAUAUGAACAUGGAGUCGAAUAUUUUCUUCAUGCAAUCAAAUACGAGGCCCAAGGAGAAAAGGCAAAGGAAAGCAUAAGGGCGAAAUGUACACAAUAUUUGGAAAGAGCGGAAAAGUUGAAAGAGUCUCUGAAAAAAGGUCAUAGAAAACCUAUUAAGGAUGGGGAAAAUGGGUCUAAAGAUGACAAGAAAAGUGACAGUGAUGAGGAAGAUGGAGAAGAUCCUGAGAAGAAAAAACUAGAGGGACGAUUGGAGGGUGCUAUAGUGGUUGAAAAGCCUAAUGUGAAAUGGUCUGAUGUUGCUGGUUUAGAUGCUGCUAAGGAAGCAUUGAAAGAAGCUGUUAUUCUGCCUAUUAAGUUUCCGCAUCUAUUUAGUGGGAAGAGAGCUCCUUGGAAGGGUAUACUUCUCUUUGGGCCUCCUGGUACUGGUAAAUCAUAUUUGGCCAAAGCAGUGGCUACAGAAGCUAACAACUCAACCUUCUUCUCCGUAUCCUCAUCAGAUCUGGUUUCCAAAUGGCUUGGUGAAUCAGAGAAAUUAGUAAAGAGCUUGUUCGAGAUGGCUCGAACUCAUAAGCCGAGCAUUAUCUUCAUAGAUGAAAUUGAUUCAUUGUGCUCGUCUAGGUCAGACAACGAAUCCGAAUCGGCUCGUAGGAUAAAAACCGAGUUUCUCAUCCAAAUGCAGGGUGUUGGACAUGACACAGAUGGUAUCCUAGUAUUGGGGGCGACCAACAUACCGUGGGUCUUAGAUUCGGCCAUCCGUAGGAGAUUUGAAAGGAGAAUCUACAUACCUCUUCCUGAAGAACAUGCUCGUGUGACCAUGUUCAAGAUCCAUCUAGGAAACACCCAAACCACCUUGACGGAGGAAGACUUGAAAGAGCUCGGAAGAAGAACAGAAGGGUAUUCAGGAGCAGAUAUCAGCAUAGUAGUGAAAGAUGCCCUUAUGCAGCCAGUGCGGAAAGUCCAAACUGCCACUCAUUUCAAGAGAGUAAGAGGACCUAGCCCAAAGGACCCUAAUUUAAUAGUUGACGAUUUACUUACUCCCUGCUCUCCUGGUGAUCCAGGCGCCAUCGAGAUGUCCUGGUCGGAAUUAGAAGGAGACAAAUUGGCUGAACCCCCUGUUACAAUGGGCGAUUUACUCAAAUCUUUGGCGACCUCCAAGCCAACCGUCAAUGCAGAGGACCUAGUAAAGCUUCAGAAGUUCACCGCAGAUUUUGGUCAAGAAGGAUAAGAACAGUGUCUGUUCAUAAGUUAUACGUUUUUAGGAUAAUAAAAAAAUUGCAAACAGUUAUUUCCGAAGUCCACUCGAAGUAUAUAUUUGAAGAAAUUAUAAACUACUUCUGAAAUUAUUAUUUUUAAGUGUUGCUUUAUUUUCUUAAUAAAUAUUUGCUCUAAA